AUGCAUAUCGAGAAAAACAUGUCGGAUGCCAACGAGGAUUUGUUUAACGCAUUAGCAUUAUUGCAUUCGACCGAUGAAAAUAGUGGCGAAAAGCUUCGUCGAAUGCUGGACGCUUGUAUCGAAAAGAAAUACGGCCCCGGUAAAACUUUGGCUGCUAGAAUGCCGAGAAGAUUUUUGCAAAAUACUGACAAUGCUUCGAGAAUCUCGAAGAAACGCGACUACGUCCAAGGACGAUGCGUCAAAACGGUAAAAAAUGAAACUUGGGACGAUCCAGAAGUCAUCUCUCUUCUGGAACCUGACACAACGGAGAACAUGAUGAACUAUCAAACAACUGACAUAAAAGUGUUCAAUUACGAGGAUUCCUGCGACGAUCAGAACGUCCCCAGGAUCUCGAUUCCCGACGAAGGAUCCGUCGAUGGAACCCUAUGCAAGAUUUGCAAUGGCGCAAAAUUGGGAGCUUUGAUUUUACUGGAGUGUCAAGAGUGUCAAGAGGCUUAUCAUCCGCUGUGCCAUCAACCUCCGGUCAUCGAUAUUGACGUUUACGAUCCUAGAUUCGUAUGGCGAUGCAAACGAUGCGCGGAAACGUCGUCAGCGAUCUCUACAAAAGUUAAAAUUUUGGAAAAGAGAUGCGUAGGAAAAAAAAUUCGGAGAAACGAUGAUAUGAUCAAAGGGAACGCAAACAUUUCGGGAUUGAAAAUGUCUGGAACAAGAGACGGUAAUCUAUCUGAGAAGAAUGAUUCGCGAGCAGAAAAUAGACGCGUGCAGUUACAUGAUUCUCUAUUAUUCACAAAGGAUUUAGCGAAUCUCUCGCAAAGAAAUGGAAGUCUAUCAUCCUCUACACAAUCACGAAAGAGAAUCGGAUCUAAACUCUCCGUUACUCGUACUUCGAUUAAAUGA